AUGGGAUUAAAAUCAAGUCGAGAGCCUGAUAUUCUCAGUCUGUUCGAUGCUGUUCGAUUCGGUCGCACAGAGUUGUUCAUUCAUCACUUUGAUAAGAUUCAACAUGUAGGCUAUGUGUUGUACACUAUUCGCCAGGCAUUCUUUGAGGCAUUGUACCAUAACAAUCACAAGCUUGUUGUUUACAUGAUUGAGCAAAUCAAGAAUUUAUUAGAGCAUUGUAGAUGUCACGACGUAAUAACAAGUAGAACCAAAAUGAUCAACUCAUAUUCAAAGUCCACGACCAACGAUGACAAGCCGUCGUUCAAAACAGUAUCAAGUGGACUCUUGUUUAGAUUGGACCGCAAUGACACGAUCAAUCUAGAUCGCAAGAUGUACGACACACUGAUGCAGUACCCUGCUGAUUGGCUCAGCGAUGAAAUGAUGGGAAGGUUGGUCGAUAUGUCGUUGCGAAAGCAUCGCGACGUGCACUUGUUCAUGAGUUUGGUCGAGCGAUUCCAGUCCCAUAUGCGCAACCACUUCAGAUCAGAUGGCCAAUGCAGUGACUUGUUCCAGCAGGAUGUGUCCUCGGACGAUCUCAUCAAACUGGUCAAGUGGCACGAGAAAAAUGGUUGGCAACCGGUAUCUGGAGCCUUUUCAUUCUUUGAGCUUGCAAUGAAGUACAAGCGAUUUGAUAUUGCACUUCUGAUGGCGACCAAGAUGCACAAGCGCUAUAAAAAGGAAGAGAAAUAUCACAAGGCAUUGGCAACGUAUGCCAACAGUGAGCUACUCAGAGGCAUCAAGUACAAAUUACCGAACCACGAAUUGAAGAUUGAUGUCUUACUCCUACAAACACGCAUUAAUGGCAACAUCGACUUCCUCAAGCAUGUCCACAACCAGAUACGUGACAGGGUUAAGGACAUCAGAAAGCAUGGUCGUCCAGUGUUGGACAAUGAGAUGAUAAGUCAUAUCAAACGACAAUCACAAGACUACAACUACGCACUCUAUGUCUUGGACAACCUCAGUCAAUUGCUUCAACAACAGAGCGAGGCCCUGAAUCAAGUCCAAGACAAGGGAAAAUGGUUGGUUACGAUCAUCGAAGUGCACGUCGAGUGGGUGGUGACCAAGCGACUCGUCGACACACUGUUGGCCAGUGCCGACAGGGUCCAGUGUCAAUUCUACAACAAACUCUACCUCAGUGCAAUCCAACAGAAGCGAGUUGAUGUGAUGGACGAGGUUCUACAACUCGUUUCCCUCAACAACGCCAGAGUGAAUGGAGGGAUCAACAUUGAUUGGAGUCUGUCAUGUGCCACUGCAGUGGUGGUAGGCUUUGUCGAGGGCAUUGUCUCGAUCAUUCGCACUUGUCCAGACAAUUUAGUGUUCACCAUGCAUUAUAUUCAACUGCUACUUUGUGAUAUGGCCGUACAACAGACACUGCUUGCAUUUGUCAAGCCUGGACAGCUGAAGCUUAGUGGCUUUACGUCAAGCAUGAAGAUUGAUACCCUGCGAUUGAUACAUCAACAUGGACACGGCCAGCCCGAGGACAUAUUUUGGUGCGCGGCAUAUCUGGGUGCCUUUGAUAUCAUGGAGAAGGUGCUCCAUCCAGAGAUGCUCGUCCUUGAGGAAGGCUUAGUGGAGAAAGUGUGUAAGGUCAGUGGAGAUGUUAACGUUCUUCGAUACCUGAUGAAGCUAGACUUGGAUUUCGAUAUUGAGAACGCGAUAUUCAAUGCUCUGAAUCAAUCCAAUUUUGAAGCGGUGGAGUACCUCUUGACGCUGCCAGAGCACGUUGAGUCUGGAGGUAGACCUGGCUUGCUACUCACCGACCAAGUAAUCCGAAUGUUGAACAAUCUGGAUAAUGACGUCGAUUCAAAACAGAUCACAUUCAUGUUGGACCAUCUGGACAUCUCAGACCGACAUGAUCAAUCAUUCAUUAUCGAAAUGUUAUCAGCAGCUGGCUUCCGCUUCAUCAUCUAUCGUGCUGUGUUGGAGAUGUUGGAGAGGGACCAGCUGGACCAACAACAUCCAAAACCAUUCAUCCCAGCCCCGAGAUUGAACAAUAUUUUGUACAAUAUAUUGAAGGAUAGUGCUCGAUAUCGAUCGACCAACUCUGUAAUGCAAUUGUUUCGACCCAUUGGUGUUGGCGCAGAUGGCAAUGGCAUUGGAGUUGACAAACCAUCAUCACAUGUAUCAUCAAUUAGAGCUUAUUUCAUUCCAUCCACAAACGAUUAUUACCUUCAAUACCAGACUAUGUUAGUCGACACUGGAAGAUUCCCAAUCACUGAUUGA